UACUCUGGUUAUGUGUCGUUGCUAGACAUAAGGAAACAGUAACAGUUUACAGUUGGUGUUACUUUCAACAUCUAACCCUCAGAGAGAGUGACUACAUGUUCCGUCCAUCAAGCUUUCGAGGAAAUUGGGAAUUGCAUAUUACGGGCUCUGCGCACGUCACUUUUGACACGAUUUGAAACCAUUUAAGUUGAAUCUGCUUUUUUUCUACAGUAGGCUAACUGUGCAGGAGUGGUCAGAGCCUAAAUCAGCUAUUCAGAUCGGAUUUCACCCAAACCAGCUGGGAGAGAGAGCGGAGAGAGAGAGAGCAUUUGUCAUUUUGCUUCCCUUCCCGAUCCAGGAAAGCUUAGGCUACUAGGGAGAGAGAAAAGAGAGCGAGAGAGUGGGUGAGAGAGGAGGAGGGAGACGGGGGGUUCCAAAGGAAUUUCCAAGGAUAUUUAUUCUGUUGCCGUAAGAAAAGUGUUGGUCAGUUGGGGGCGAGGCAGAGACCGCGGUCAAGUAUGGAUGAACAGCCUCGGUUGAUGCACUCCCACAGCGUAGGCAUGGCCGGACACCCCGGCCUGGCACAGCAUAUGCAGGAUGGCACGGGUGGGACGGACGGAGAUGGAAGAAAGCAGGACAUUGGAGACAUAUUACAGCAAAUAAUGACCAUCACAGACCAAAGCCUGGACGAAGCGCAGGCAAGGAAACAUGCACUGAACUGUCACAGGAUGAAACCGGCUCUCUUCAACAUCUUGUGUGAUAUAAAAGAGAAAACAGUGCUCAGUAUCCGUGGUGGCCAGGAGGAGGAGCCUCCAGAUGCCCAACUCAUGCGAUUGGACAACAUGCUUCUGGCGGAAGGCGUGUCUGGACCGGAGAAAGGGGGCGGGUCUGCGGUGGCGGCGGCUGCAGCAGCAGCUGCAGCGGGAGGAGGAGUGGGCUCGGACACCAACGCGGCAGAACACUCAGACUACCGGGCCAAGCUGACUCAGAUCCGCGGGAUCUACCACACAGAGUUGGAGAAGUAUGAACAGGCAUGUAACGAGUUUACCACCCAUGUGAUGAACCUGCUGAGGGAGCAGAGCCGCACACGGCCCAUCUCGCCCAAAGAGAUAGAGCGCAUGGUGGGGAUCAUCCACCGCAAGUUCAGCUCCAUCCAGAUGCAGCUCAAACAAAGCACCUGCGAGGCAGUCAUGAUCCUACGCUCCCGCUUCCUCGAUGCCAGACGAAAGAGGAGGAACUUCAACAAGCAGGCAACAGAGAUCCUAAAUGAGUAUUUCUACUCCCACCUGUCCAACCCCUACCCCAGUGAGGAGGCCAAGGAAGAGCUGGCCAAGAAGUGCUCCAUCACAAUGUCACAGGUAUCGAACUGGUUUGGAAACAAGAGAAUCCGAUACAAGAAAAACAUUGGCAAAUUCCAAGAGGAAGCAAACAUGUACGCUGCGAAGACAGCCGUCAGUGCAACCAGUGUAUCAGCCCACGGCAGCCAGGCCAACUCCCCCUCCACCCCCAACUCUGCAGGUUCUGCUGGCUCUUUUAACAUGGCAAACUCCGGAGACUUGUUUAUGAGUGUGCAGGCUCUGAAUGGGGACUCAUACCAGGGGGCCAGGGUUGGGACCAAUGUUCAGUCCCAGGUAGGAGCCUCGCAGAGACUAGUGGAUACUCUUCGCCAUGUUAUCAGCCAGACAGGAGGAUACAGUGACAGCAUCGCCGCCAGCCAGAUGUACAGUCCACAGGGCAUCAAUACUUUUGUCUUUGACUCCACAGACAAACGGUGGCUGGCAGGAUGCUCUGACCCCCUCGUCAGUGAACUCGCUCACAGAAGGACCUGGAAGUGUUCACUCGGACACCUCCAACUGAUUAUUUUACCCUCCACACCUUCCAUCCCCACAUCCCAUCGAUGAAACUUCAGAGCCUAUCACAGUGUUAAACAUAGAGGCAUACUACACAGUGUCCUGUAGAUUUCAGGGGUGCUGUGAAAACCAUAACUAAAACAACCUUUCCUAAGCUACAGUACUAUGGGACAUUUGAGAUACAUACAGUAAUAGAAAUGUCAGAACAAAAAUCAAAACAAUACAAAAAGGAUGAAUACAAAUGUUUGCUCAGAUUUCACAGGAUAUUUAGAGGGCUGGGGCUGAUGGUUUCACUCAUAUUGAUGAUAUUUAGUGAUAAGAUCAAUUCAGACAACCCAACCUGUAUACUUCAAUUUAAAUGCUUCAUUCUACCUCUCAGCAACUAAAAAGUAAAAAUAAUAUGAAAGAACAUUAUUUGUUUUCUGACUUAAACAUGAACUUUGUCAUUGUAUGAAAGAAAAACUUUGUCAUGCUGUUUUGUGGUCCCUCGCCCAUUCUAUGGUACGCCAUUUAGGCUUUUAAUGUUGCUCCCUUGUUUACAGUGUGGGCUUGAUAAGCUGUGUUUGCUUUACCCUCUCCCACAGAGAAAUAACCAGGAUGACUUAGAACUUGAUUUACUAAAUGUUUUUGUAUUAGUUUCUCCAUAGAGGACUUGUAGGGAAAGCAGGUCAGCCUAGUGAACUCUGAGGACCCUUCACCCUGACUAGCAGGUCUUCAAUCUGGGUGGAAGACGUUAGAAAAGGAAAACAUGCUGGUAUGAGAUUGCGCAUUGGCUGAUCUAAAGGCUUUAAUGGAAAUUGAGUAGACAAUUGAAUAUACAUUGUAGAUGUGUGUCUUCCUGGUUUAUAAACUUAUGCCCCACGACCCCUUUGAUAUCUUAUCAGAAAGUGGGAGUGCUGUGGGCCCACAAGCACUCACAGGGCUCUGUUCCAAUAUCCAUACUAGCGUACCACUUAGAAUGCAUGCCCAAUACAUGCUUCAUUCUAAGUAUGCUAGUGUGGAUAUUGGAACAGAGCUACAGAGUGUGUGCUAUUGAUUGUCUGAGGGCCUGUGAACAUGAGGAGUGCCCUCCUUUUAAACAACCACCUCAUUGAGUAUCCAUGUGUCUCAUCAGAGGUAAUCGUGUGAAGUUACAGUUAUGUCAUGUGUAAAAAAAAAAGCAUAAAUAAAAUAAACACCUGUCAUCAAAAAACCCAUACGAGCUUGAUUCACAUCAUUCAUUUCAGUGAGAAUAACUUAACAAAAAGAACACGGCUCAUUUUAGAAGUCAUUUGGAAUAAUUUCCUGUGUCUGAUUGUUUUGAAGCUGCAGCCUAUGGGGUCAAUAAAAGCAGACGUAUUGAGCAGAGUGGCAGAAACAUCAAGUCAUUAUCUCCUUGUCUAAUGUCAUUUCCUAGCUCGCUCUCUAACUUCACAUUCAUUUGGAUUUUUAGUCACCUAAUGUUACUGUUAACCAAAACCCUUAAACUUGUUGAUCUAUUGUUGUCAUUUUGUGUACUUUCAAGAGGUCCUAAUCCAUCUAGCUAUAUUCACUCAUGUACUUAUAUGUUGGAUUUUUUACUGUACCUUUUGCUAAUUUUCCCAGCAUUGUUCAGUUGAUAACCAACUAAUUGAAAAGCAAUGUUGUUGAACAGUCCAAUUCAGAAGAAACCAUUUCUGUAAAAAAUCUGUCAAGGAUCUGUGUAGUAACUGAGUUUGUUUUUAAGUACAUUGAAUCAGAAUCCAGUUAAACAGGGAAGUCGUUACGUUAAUAGGAUUUAAAACAUAAAUCUGCGGAUGCAGGUAACACCGGGACUGAACUUACAGUAGCCAUGAUGUACAGGUCAUGCAUGAGAUGCUUUGUACUCCAUGAUUAAGCUCAACAGACACAAUGUUUUCCUGCGAUUCAGUGUUCAGUGACUGUUCAAUGCCCUCUCAUACAAUGGAACUUAAAUGUUAUUUAAAGCCAGAGUUGAUUUCUGUUUCUCUUUCCAGGCAUUUUUUUUGGCAAUUGAAUAUGUAUUACAAAAUGUACAACAUGUUACAGUAUAUGACAGCAUUCUUUCUUCCACUGUAUCAGGAACCAAAACCUACAUUAUAAUGUCACCUGUAUCCUUGCUUUUCAAUUCUUCAACUGACUUGUAUGAAUCCUCAGAAUUCAAAAGCAUUUUGAAUGUUGAUGUGCUGAGAGGUCUAAUGUCCAUAGCAAAACUAGAGGUGUGCAAAUUAUUUCAGACAAACAAAGACAAUAUUUGGACAUUUGAUAUACUGUGUAGUACUUGUCCUUUUGUUGUGUGGACUAUAUAGUUAUUCUUUAGUAUUUGGUUAUUUACUUUUUAUAGUAUGCUAUUGUAUGUCAUGGUUCCCAUAUUCUUGUCAAUUGGCUCUGUCAUGAUGUGAUUAUGUGAACAUUGCCACAUUGUACUUGACUUGCUUUGUUGAACAAUAAUUUAUACAGUUUCAACAUUAAACUUAUUAUACUAUGUAAUACACCAAGACAAAUCAGUGGCAUUUUAUUAUUGAACAUUUGAGCGAGAAAACCAGAAUAAUACACUGAUGGUUGCCAGUUGGCAACAUUUUAUAUUUUUUUAUAUGUGAUAUAGAAUUGAAUGCACAUAUUGUAAAUUCAGCUUCACAAACAAUGUACUCUUGCAAGUUAAAAAAAGCUCACUUUCCAUUUCCCCUCUAAUUCAUUGAUUUGUUGUGCCAAAGUAGAAGUAUUCAUAAUUUAUUCAGUUUGAAUAACUCUCAAUAAAACUCUCAACUACUUGAUAGUCUGUACAGGGGCCUUGAGCUCUACAAUCCUUUCGCUCCACAUUCAGAUUUUAAAAUAUGCUUGUUUUCCAAUAAAUGCAAUAUGAUAACGACGCAUAUAAUAUAGCUUUUUAGUUUUGAUAGCUGAAAAAAGAAGUUCAGGAUUCAGUCAUUUGUAAAAAACUGUUUCCUUUGUUGCAUGUAAUGUGUUCUUUAAUAAAAUACUGCAGUGUUUUUUAA